AUGUUGACUCUUAAUAUCAACAUUACCAUUAUAAGUGUUAAUCUUCCAUAUGAGAUGACGCUGAUGGGGACGUACGACGUCCACGACAACUGCGAGGCACUUAUAGGACUCGACUCUUUACUCAUGAGAGCUGAAGGAGGAGAGAACGCUUGCAUAGAAUAUAUCAACAUGUCGACGUUCCGGCUUUUCGGUCUGGUUUUCUUUUCUCUCGCGACAUAUGCUUUUGUCGGUGAUGACUUUUACAACAUCGUCAACUCCAACAGUAUCGUAUCGUCCGAGAACGCAGAGGGACAUGCAAGAAAACAUAGACCAAAGAAUAAUAUGGCCUCCGACCGAGAGAGGCGUUCGCGAUUGUUUAAUGAAGGGAAAAUACGAGGAGGAUUGUCAGAAUUAUAUUCGGGUCAUAAAGAGAGUAGACGGAGAACAGUUUCUAGUCUGUGGCACAACGCUUAUAGUCCUCUAUGUCGUCGAUACGUUCGACUGGCCGACGGCGCUAGUUUUAAUUAUACCGAAACGAAGAGCGGCGUUGGCCAAUGUCCUUUCGGUCCUAGACAGAACUCUACACACGUGUAUGUCGGUGGCGAGUUGUAUUCCGGGACGGUGGCAGAUUUUCAGGGUAUAACUCACGUCAUUUCCAAGAAUCAACUUACGACAAGAGCGGCCGUGUACGAACAGCUUAACGAUCCCAGCUUUGUGCACUCUUUCGAUUAUGGCGACUUUAUCUAUUUCGUCUUUCGUGAAACUGCCCUAGAAUCCUUAAACUGCGGCAAACGGGUCUAUUCGAGAAUUGCUCGCGUGUGCAAGAACGACCGAGGCGAUAAGAAGACCCAGACCAAAUGGACGUCUUUCCUGAAAAGCAGACUCAACUGUUCUGUUCCCGGAGAAUACCCUUUCUAUUUCGACGAAGUUCAGUCGGUCACGAAUGCCAUCACCGGCACCUACGGGGGACAGAUUCGCGAUAUCAUCUAUGCCGUGUUCACAACGCCGCCCAACUCCGUCUCGGGGUCUGCCGUGUGCGCUUUCUCUAUCCGCUCCAUUCAGGAUACUUUCGAUGGGGAUUUUAAGGGACAGGAAACACAACAAUCGAACUGGCUUCCCGUACCUCGGAGUAAGAUACCCAAAAGUCGACGACCAGGUUCUUGUAUUCCUACGGAUGAGGCUCUUCCCGACGAUGAAUUUGUCGGCUUCAUACAGUCACACGCUCUCAUGGAUGCAGCUGUUCCCGGAUUUUUUAACCGCCCAUUCGUCAGUGCAUUCGGAUACCGCUUUACUACGAUCGCCGUUGACCCUCAAGUCCGGCUUCAAGAUGGACGGACUAUCGAUGUUCUUUUUUUAGGAGCAGGAGCAGCUCUGUCCAUAGUUAAACUCAUCAACGUUAUAUCGUACGAAAAUAUAGAUUCUGCAGAGCCGAUUAUUAUCGAAGAGAUUCGAAUUUUCUCGCGACCAGCGACUAUAACUAACAUGUACCUCGUGAAAGAAACAAAUGUAGGAGAAGAGCAAAGUAAAGGAGGGAGGCUGGUGAUAUUAACGCAUGACGAGGCAAAAUCUAUUGACACUCAACGCUGUCACAGAGCCAUGACAUGCAAAUCCUGCGUCAGUUUAAGAGAUCCGUAUUGCGGUUGGGACGUUCAUGAGAGAAAGUGUGUCAAAAUUUCGUUGGGUUCUAAUACUGGAGAAUCUAUGGUCCUUCAAAACAUAACCGGGUAUCACUACCAGUGUUCUGUUGUUGAUGAGGACGAUCAUGAUAACGAUGACGAUGAUCAGGGUUGA